AAGAACAAGAGAAGAGAGAGAAAGCAAGAGAGAGAGAGAGAGAGAGAGAGACAGUGAGAAAACAAGAAGGGGAUCUACGCUGCAGAUGUCAAUGGACGUUUAUAUACAAUGCCCCUAACUCCUCCUUCUUAUUUACAUCUUCAUGAUUUCUUCCAUUUUCCACACACCACUUCACACACACUCCCACAACUCCAUUUUCACACACACACAACUUAACCUCUGUGCUUCUCUCUCUCUCUCUCUCUCUCUCUCUCUCUCUAGUUAGCAGCUGCCCACCAUUCCCCAUCUCAACUCCCAACUAUGGGGGAAGACGCGGAGCAGGGUUACGAUAAUCUCAGCCCAUCAAGAAUCAAACCCAGAGGCGGAUUCACAGCUACCUCCUUCAUAUAUGCUCUGGUGGCAUUGGAAAACAUGGGGUUUGUUGCAAACAUGGUUAGCUUGGUUCUAUAUUUCUCGUACAAAUUGUACUUUGAUCUGUCCACGUCAGCCAACACUCUCACGAAUCUCAUGGGCUCAACUUUCUUGCUCUCCAUUGUCGGCGGUUUCAUUUCAGACACUUACUUCAACCGCUUUCAGACAUGUGUCAUUUUCGGCACUCUCGAAGUCUUGGCUUUAGCGAUGAUGACGAUUCAAGCACGUACCGAUAGUUUACUACCGAAGCCGUGCGGCGGAAAAUCGAGUUGCUUAGAAGGCGGUGUGGCGGUCUAUUUCUACACGUCGUUGUGCUUAAUGGCAUUAGGGGUAGGGGGGGUGAAGGGGGCCCUGGCCCCCCUAGGGGCCGACCAAUUCGACCCGAAAGACCCCAAAGAAGCAAAGGGGCUUGCUAGCUACUUCAACUGGCUAUUGCUAAGCUCGGUCGUCGGCUCGUCAAUUGGUGUUACGGUUAUUGUUUGGGUGUCGACCAAUAAGAACAACCACAAUUGGUGGAAAGGGUUUCUCAUAACUGCGGUUGCUACAUUCGUCGGUUACGUUUUUCUUGUUGUUGGGAAGCCUUUCUAUCGCUUGCAAGCUCCGAAGGGCGAUAGCCCCCUCUCGAGAAUUGCGCAGGUUAUUGUAGUGGCGGUGAAAAAUAGUAGAUUGCCUCACCCGGAAAGCUGUAGCGAGUUGUACGAGAUCAACGAAAAGGAUUCGGAUUCGACCGGACCGAAAAUUGUACAUACCGAACAAUUUAGAUGGCUCGACAAAGCGGCAAUUGUUCAACCAAACACCGACCCCUCCCCAUGGAAAUCUUGCACGGUGACGCAAGUCGAAGAAGUCAAAAUCCUCACAAGAAUGAUGCCUAUAUUAGCGAGCACGAUCAUACUCAACACGUGCAUGGCCCAACUCCAAACAUUCUCCGUCCAACAAGGCUACCGCAUGGAGCCGCACCUCGGCUCGUUCCAAGUCCCCGCCGCUUCAAUUCCCGUUAUACCCCUACUCUUCAUCAUAAUCCUCGUACCGAUCUACGACCGCGUUUUCGUCCCGUUCAUCCGUAAAUUCACCAAAAACCCGUCCGGGAUCACGCAAUUGCAACGCGUGGGGGUGGGAUUGGUCCUCUCGACUCUGUCGAUGUCGGUCGCGGCUAUAGUGGAAGUGAAGAGGAAGAAUCGGUCUUUGGAGAAUCCCGUGGAGCCAAUUAGUCUCUUUUGGCUCGCUUUCCAGUACGGGAUUUUCGGGAUCGCGGACAUGUUUACCCUUGUGGGUUUGCUCGAGUUUUUCUACAAGGAGGCGCCAGAGGGGAUGAAGUCGCUCUCGACUUCGUUCGCUUGGAUUUCGCAGUCGUUUGGGUAUUUCUUGAGCAGCGUCUUUGUGGAUACGAUAAAUUCGGUGACGAAGAGGGUUGCGCCUAGCGGCAAAGGGUGGUUGCACGGGCAGGAUUUGGAUCGGAACAAUUUGAAUUUGUUUUAUUGGUUUUUGGCGGUUUUGAGCGGGCUCAAUUUCUUCAAUUAUUUGUAUUGGUCGACGUGGUACAAGUAUAAAAGUGGGGACGGCGAGAACGGCGUUGGUAAGGCGGCGGUGGCGGUGCCGGAGGCGGAGAUGAUUGGUAGUUUGCCGUUUCUGAAGGCGGCUGCGGCGGAGGAGGAGGUGUCGAAGGCGGCGAAUGGCGGCGGAUAUGUGGUGGUGGAGGAAGGUAAUCGGAAAGAGUGAAGGAGUUGGGUAGGGGAAAAAAAAGCUCAAUUGGACAUGACUAAAAGAUAUAUAUAGUGGUUUGGUUAUUUUUUUUUUUUUUUUUUUUUUGGUUGUUUAAUUUUUUAUUUUAUGGUUCUUGAAAUCAGGUUUUUUGUGUGUGGGGUGUGUGUUUAUGGUUAUGUUGUGAGUGAUUCUUGGAAGAUUGGGAUUGGAUUUUCAUACUUAGAUGUGCUCACAAUAAAAAUGUAAAAAGGCUUGUGAGGAAUUUGAAGAUAGUUUUGUUUAUUGCAUUUUAUAUUAUAUAUAGUAAAAAUGAGAUUGAUUUUUA